AUGGAGCUCAGGGGCCCCAGGGCGCCACCGCCGCGGCGGCCACAGCUGCUGCUGCUGCAGCUGCUGCUUCUGGGGGCCGUCCUCCUGCCCGCUAGCAGCCAUGUGGAGACCCGGGCCCAUGCAGAGGAACGGCUCCUGAAGAGACUCUUCUCUGGCUAUAACAAGUGGUCCCGACCAGUGGCCAACAUCUCAGAUGUAGUCAUUGUCCGCUUCGGCCUGUCCAUUGCUCAGCUCAUUGAUGUGGAUGAGAAGAACCAGAUGAUGACAACAAAUGUGUGGGUGAAGCAGGAGUGGCAUGACUACAAGUUGCGCUGGGACCCUGGCGACUAUGAGAAUGUCACCUCCAUCCGCAUCCCUUCUGAGCUCAUCUGGAGGCCAGACAUUGUUCUCUAUAACAAUGCAGACGGAGACUUCGCAGUCACUCAUCUGACCAAGGCCCACCUGUUCCAUGAUGGGCGGGUGCAGUGGACACCCCCAGCCAUCUACAAGAGCUCCUGCAGCAUUGAUGUUACCUUCUUCCCCUUUGACCAGCAGAAUUGCACCAUGAAGUUUGGGUCUUGGACCUAUGACAAGGCCAAGAUUGAUCUGGUGAGCAUGCACAGUCGUGUGGACCAGCUGGAUUUCUGGGAGAGUGGUGAAUGGGUCAUCGUGGAUGCCGUGGGCACCUACAACACCAGGAAGUACGAGUGCUGUGCCGAGAUCUACCCCGACAUCACCUAUGCCUUCAUCAUCCGCCGGCUCCCACUGUUCUACACUAUCAACCUCAUCAUCCCAUGCCUGCUCAUCUCCUGCCUCACCGUGCUGGUCUUCUACCUACCUUCUGAGUGUGGCGAGAAGGUCACACUGUGCAUCUCCGUGCUGCUCUCGCUCACUGUGUUCCUGCUCCUGAUCACGGAGAUCAUCCCGUCCACCUCGCUGGUCAUCCCGCUCAUUGGCGAGUACCUGCUCUUCACCAUGAUCUUUGUCACCCUGUCCAUCGUCAUCACGGUCUUUGUGCUCAACGUACACCACCGCUCACCACGCACGCACACUAUGCCCGCCUGGGUACGCAGGGUCUUCUUGGACAUUGUGCCACGCCUACUCUUCAUGAAGCGCCCAUCCGUGGUAAAGGACAAUUGCCGGCGGCUUAUUGAAUCAAUGCACAAGAUGUCUAAUGCACCUCGCUUCUGGCCUGAGCCUGAGGGCGAACCUGGAAUCCUGGCUGGUGUUCGCAGUCAGGGACUGUCACCCACUCCAUCCUUCUGUGUCCCCCUGGACACACCGGUGGAGCCCCAGCCAACGUGCAAGUCUCCUUCCCGACAGGUUCCUGGCCUGCAGCCCUCAGAAGCUGAGAAGGUCAGUGCCCACCCCUCUCCUGACCUCUGUCACCCAAGCAACAGCACAGAGGCACCAGGACUCACCAAAGCCAAGUCUCUGAGUGUCCAGCACGUGCCCAGCCCUUGUGAAGCAGCUGAAAGUGGUGUCCGCUGCCGCUCUCGGAGCAUCCAGUACUGCGUUUCCCAAGAUGGCGCUGCCUCCCUGGCUGAAAGCCAACAGGCAGGCUCCCCAGCCUCCCUGAAAUCCUGCCCAGUUGAGCUUCCACCUCCAAACCAGCCCUCUCCGUGCAAAUGCAUGUGUAAGGAACCGUCGCCUGUGUCCCCUGUCACUGUGCUCAAGGCCCAAAGCACCAAAGCACCACCCCGGCAUCUGCCUUUGUCCCCAGCUCUGACACGAGCAGUGGAAGGUGUCCAGUACAUUGCAGACCACCUGAAGGCCGAAGACACUGAUUUCUCGGUGAAGGAGGACUGGAAGUACGUGGCCAUGGUCAUCGACCGCAUCUUCCUCUGGAUGUUCAUCAUCGUCUGCCUGCUGGGCACGGUGGGCCUCUUCCUGCCGCCCUGGCUGGCUGGCAUGAUCUAGGGACAUGACAGGGGCAGGCCUGCUCUCUCCAGCUCCCUGGGUUCUGUGGGGCCAUGUUACUGUCCAAUUGUCCCCAUCUUCCAAAUCUGCUGUGAGACACCUAGGAAAGAGAUGCUGCUCUGGGGACUGGAAGUCAGUGCUCGUUCUGGUCAGGCUCUUGUCCUUGUACAGCCAGCUGGGGGGCUGGUAUGUGUGUUCCAGCCACAGGGCAGAGUAACAAGUUAAGCCACAUUAAAGUUCUUCAGAGCAGGCAACAGCUGCCCCCAAUCUACAGACAACACACACUCAUCUGUGUCUCAGUACAUGGCCUGGCAAUGAUCCCAACUGUCCCACAGGGCCAUGAGGCUUUGGCCCCUUUCAGCCCCAGAGCGUCUCAUUCCUGAAGGAUCCAACCUGCCCAGGCAGUGCCCACUGUGCCUGUGCUGGCCAUGCCCUCUACAAACACCAGAGCAUGUCCCUCCUCAUACCUCCCAGGACAGAGCUACUUGGACCCAUGGUAAAGAGAAAACCCUUCCCAGUCUCCUCCAGGUAUGGGUUCAAGCCAGUUCUCUUUUCUCUACUUUGGAGUGGAUUGAUGAAAAGCUGGCCCCUGUGCUACAGGGUCUGAUCAAGGACUGUGUGGAUGGGUCCCACUUGCUUGCCAGAGAACGAGUGCAGGCACCCCUCCACAUACACAGCAAGACUUCAGCCCCAGGGAGCCCUGCAUUCACUUCAUAGUCACAGAGCUCUGUGACAAGCCCUUCCCAGAGUAACUGCUAUCCUCCAGGAUCCCAAGGGCAGGGAUGUGGGGUUUCCUAGGGCUAUGAAAGACCUAAGCUAUGUCUAGGUUUCAGGAUAUAGAUUCCCCCAGAAAUCUUUUCUGUAGAUAUACAUAGUCUGGGACACCAUCUCUGAGCCCAGAAGACUGAAGGAAAGACUUCUUGUACUGAGUCUCUGUACUGAGGCCACAGUGCCCCUGAGCACAUCUUGCACCAGAGACCUAGGACCCUGUGGACCAAUGGGUGGUAGAAAGUCUCUAAGAUGUUAAGGGCUGGGUGGGCUGGUUGGGAGCCUCCAGACAAGCCAAAGCCUCUGACUCAUCCUAUAGGGACAUGGACCAAGAAGCAGGUCCCACAUGCCUGCCUUUCUCCCAGGUGGCAGGUAAGAUCUGAGGUGCUGCUUCCCCAAGAUGACUCCAGGCAGCUCUGGGAGUCCCAGGUGGUGGGGUAAGGUUUCACAUGUUAUUCCCACUUCCGAGAGAUCCCAAAUGCCCAGAGGGUCAAGGAUAGCAUGGCCUCUCCACUGGGUGGGCAAGACACCCAAAGGAUCACUUGUGUCAUCGCCAGCUGUUUCCCCACCCAACCAGCUGAGCUCAGCAGGACUGGGCCCUACACCCUUUGCCAGCCUGCCUUGGGGCCCUGAAGCUGAAGUCUGCCUGGACAUUCCUGAGACUUCAUGAACAAAGAAUUUAAUGACAGAUGCACACCAAGCUUCUGGUAGAUGCAGCUGCCUGCUAUCACCGUGGCAAAUGUGCUGAGCCACAGCUGGAUAGUGAUGUCAAGAUGGGAUGGCCCUGAAGGGCCAGCCACACACCUGCCGGCAAACCCACCUGUAAACAUGGGGCUGCUGCUCACCCCAAAGUGGGAGGGGAACCCUGAAUUGGAGGCUCUGAGACUUCUCAUGGGAUGCAGAGGCCUAGGUACCAAACUCUUGGGCAUCCCCAGAUUACCCUGAGUCCCCAGGGCAUUGAGGACCCCACCUACCAAACUUCAGUGUGCCCUUGCACUGCUGACUGGCUGGGUCAUCAACUAUUCCCCCACUGUUCUAACUGGAGCUCUCCAUAUGUUGGCAUAUGUCCCUGGUGGGUAAGUUUAUGCUAGGACUGAGGCUCCUGUUGGGGAACACAGGCCUUGGAGGAGAGUGGCAGACGCACUUGUCAGAUGUGAGCACAGUGAUCCAUGUUGCAUAUUUGUCUCCAGUGUCCAGAUGUGCAGGAAGUUCAGGGCUGGACAUCUGUGGGAGCCCUCAGGUCAGGAGAAGCAGAUGGCCAGGAUACUCCUUAUAGGCCAUGCCUGCCCUUACCCACAGAAUCCAUAGAAGGAAACUAAACCACUAUACUCCACCCCACACCCGGCUGCACAUACAUCCAGCCAGCCAUGUUGCCUACCUCCUUCCAGUGUUGAUGGUCAAGGUGAAGUUUGAUUAUGGCAAAAUGCAUGAGCUGAGGCCUUUGGGGCAGUGAGUUUUAAGAAACAAAGGCAACAUGGUUACAGCUCCUGAUGUACGGACACUAUCCACCAAAGCUCCCAGCCCUUCUUCCCCUCCUGUGGGCGGCAGCAGCUGGGACAUGAGCCCUGGAGACUAGUUGUGUGUGCCUGGGUUCCUGCAUUGGACCCUGUGAUGUCUGGCUUCGUUCACGCCAUAUCUUCAUGCCAAGGGUCACCCACAGUGCUGUGUACACUGGGCUCAUUGCUGUUGUAUGCUUGUUGGUUCUUAGUUGCUGUUUCUGUCUGAAUAAACUGAGUCACAGUGUGUCUACCCAUCA